AUGGCUAUCAUGAGUGACAAGGACAAAGAAACCAGCGGCGGUGUGCUGCACACGCUGGGACUCAAGUCUGAGGGACCCCGAGAUGUACAGGAAGGUGUGAUGGCAUCCAAUGCCGAUAACUUGCAACGUCAUCUCGGCAACCGUCAGAUCCAGCUUAUUGCUAUCGGUGGAUCCAUUGGUACAGCCUUGUUCGUGAGUAUUGGUACAGGUCUGUACCACGGUGGACCCGGUAGUUUGUUCAUUGCCUUUACUGUCCAAAGUAUCUUCUUGGCCAUGGUAAACAACUGCCUGGCUGAGAUGACUACUGCAUUCCCCGUCAGUGGUGGAUUCAUCCGCCUGGCAGGAAAAUGGGUAGACGAUGCUCUUGGAUUUAUGGUUGGAUGGAACUUUUUCUUCUACGAGGCUCUUCUGAUUCCGUUUGAAAUUUCAGCUUUCACGCUGGUACUAUCAUUCUGGUCCGAAACGGUCACUGAACCUGGUCCGGUGGCCGGUAUCUGUGCUGCAGUCAUUAUCAUCUAUGGCUCUCUAAACGUCUUGGCCGUGAAAGCCUAUGGCGAAGCAGAAUUCUGGCUGUCCGGUGGAAAGGUUAUCCUGAUCUUCUCCUUGUUCUUUUUCACCUUCAUCACAAUGGUCGGUGGAAACCCGGCCCAUGAUGCCUACGGAUUCCGCCACUGGAACAACCCGGGAUCUUUUAUGGAAUACCUGGAUGGCGGUGCUCUCGGCCGAUUUGAAGGUUUCCUGGGCUCUUUGUGGUCAGCCUGCUUUGCUGUCGUUGGCCCCGAGUACAUUUCGAUGGUCGCUGCGGAAGCCAAGCGUCCCCGCAUUUAUAUCAAGAAUGCCUUCAAAACGGUCUACAUCCGAUUUGGUCUUUUCUUCAUCGGUGGUGCUCUGGCCGUCGGUAUUGUCUGCUCCGCCCGGGAUCCUGCACUGGCUGCUGUGGUAACUGGCAAAUCGGAUGGUACCUCGGCUUCUGCAUCCCCGUAUGUUAUUGGGAUGCGCAACCUCGGAGUUUCGAUCUUCCCUUCGAUCAUUAAUGCGUUGCUGCUGACUUCUAUCUUCUCCGCUGGCAAUACAUACACCUACUGCGCCAUUCGCACUCUGUAUGGUUUGGCUCUGGAAGGCAGAGCUCCUCGGGUUCUCUCCUAUACAACACGCCAAGGUGUUCCCAUCUAUUGCUUCGGUGUCGUGAUGAUUUUCCCAAUGCUCUCAUUCUUGCAGUGUUCGAGUAGCUCAUCCGUCGUCAUCACCUGGUUCGCCAGUCUUGUUACUGCUGGAGGUAAGAUCAAUGGAAUCGGGAACCACAAUUCACACAGAAAAAAACAGCUAACAGUUCCUUCAGGUCUCAUCAAUUACAUCGUCAUCACCAUCACAUACAUCUGCUUCCACCGCGCUUGCAAAGUGCAGGGUGUCGACCGCCGAUCAUUCUCCUAUUUCGGCUGGCUUCAGCCUCAUUGUGCGUGGAUGUCAUUGGUCUGGAUGAUCAUUGUCACUUGCGUCUACGGCUACCCAUCGUACAAGCCAUGGGACGUGUCCACCUUCUGGUCUAGCUACACCAUGCAGAUUGUCAUCCCCCCUCUCUUCAUCAUCUGGAAGGUAAUCAAGAGAACCAAGUUCGUCAAGUCUCAUGAAGCAGAUCUGGUUUGGGAACGACCUUUGAUUGAUGCCUAUGAGGACAGCUUCCUUGAGCCUCCCACUGGAUUCUGGAGAGAGAUGGGUCAGAUGAUUGGUAUAGGGCGUUCCCGUCGUGACGACACAAGGAGAGCUUCAGUUGCUCGAGCCGUGGAAUCAAGUGAGGAAUCAAAGGCUUGA